UUCAACCGGAAGGCUAAACCUUGUUCUCUCUCUCUCUCUCUAAACCCUAGUCUGUUCAUCCUAUCAAUCUUUCGCAUUCUAAUUUCAAUUAGGACGACAUCAGCUUUCGUGUGAUUCUGUAUCUCGGAGAGUCAAUAUAUGUCUUAAUGAUCGUCUUCAGCUACUAGAAGUAGAAAGCACAGGAUUCGGAUUACGUUCCGCUGAUGGGGAAAGCCAGCUCGCUAUCGGAUGGGAAGACUCAAGCAGACCGCAAGUUCGAAAAGAAACUGAAAUUUUAUGAAUUGGUCAGGGGUGCAGUUGCCAGAAAAGCUAUUACCAAGUCAUGUUUACAAUCAGGAGAAACAGCAAAGGAAACGGAGCCGGCAAAAGAAAUUAAAGGCGUAUGAUCUGUCUUCCCUCUCAGAAUACCUCCCUGAAUUAAAAUCAUCGCAAGAGUCAGGACCUGCUAAGUUCAAACUUAACAGUAAAACAAGAAACAGCCUAGUGCUGAAAGAGAGUAAUCAAUUGAAGACAGUUAUUAACCAUCCAGUUUUCCACUCGGAUCCUUUAGGUGCCAUUUAUCAACAUCUGCAAAACACACAGCCUGCCACAGAUGAUAAGCCUAAGAGAAAAGAUAGUAAAACUCGGAAAAAGACCAAAAAGAAGUCGUCCAAAGCCUCGCAGCAGUUGAUGGAGAUUCAGUAAUUGAACUUGGGGGCUCUCAUCUUUCCUACUUUUGGUACCUUCUUAUACCAAUUUCUUGCGCAUUUUGGAUGUUUAUGUUUUUUGCAAGUCUGCCUUCUGCAAUUGUGGUUACGUCCCUUUAUACUGAUUUGAGCAAACCUCUAUAUAGGUAGAAGACAAGAUCUUUUUCUUUUCCCCAUAGCCAUGAAAAAUGGAAUUUAGCUGUAAUUAAAUUGUCACUCCAUUGUAGUUCAUGAACCCUUUUUCAAUGAAUGAUAUUACAUGAAAACAUGGACUGGUUUGUGGUC